AUGCUGCUCGCGGCGCUCCCACCUUGCUGGCUGCACUGCGCGCCAAUAUUAUCGGCGUCUCGCCACUCGCUGUGCGCGCGCGUCACGCGCUGCCCGCUCGGCAUUGCUUCUCCCCGCCUCGAUCGUUCCGCGCUCGGCGGAUCUUCCGCUCGCUGGAGUGUAAUGGCGGAGGCGGCGCGUCGAAGCGAGCAGCAGGGUACCGUCGCGGCUGUGUCGCGACAAGAGGGAUGCACGGAAGCGAGGCCUGGAGAGAGUGCAGUUACCGGACGCGCCGUUACUUGCGGGGAGCAACGGCGCGUGGAGUUCGAGAUUCGCGCGACGGACGGCGAGGCUCGCGCUGGAUGCAUCCGCGCGACGCGCGUUGGCGAGGCGGGGAGAGGACGGGAUGAGAAGGCAGGCAUACAGAGCGCUGAGGAGGCCAAGGGAGGGCAGAGCGGUGGUGAAUGGUUCGAAGUGGCGACACCCGGUCUUCUAGCGUACACGCGGCGGGGGCUGCCGGUACAUCUGACGCCGGACGUGGCUCAGACGCUGGGGUUCGCCGGGUGGACCGCGUGCUCCACACACUUUCUCGACAGCCCCGCCCACCACACAAUUGCCGCGCACAGCAGCGCGCGCGCCACGGCAGCAGCAGCGGCGGCGGGGGGGGGGCUGCACGGCUUGGUGGCGCUGCCGCCCGCCACGCUGCUGCUCGCCUCGCCACGCGACUCGCUGCUCUUCCCGGGAAGCCAGCAGGGCGGCAAGGCCUCGGCACGGCCUGCCACGUGGUUCGACACACCCAGCGGCCGCCGGCAGGUCACUCCAGAAGACCACAGUGCCAUCGUGGCAUCUCUGCUGCCACAUGUCGCCAUCCCAUUGCACGAUGCGCCGCCUGCCACGUCAUCACUGAACCGUCACCGAAUGGCUGUGCAGCGGUCGCUGACGUGGCUAGAUGAGGAGCUGCGAUUGGCUGAAGAACGAGGGGGGACAAGAACAGCGCUGCUAGGAGCGGUGGUGGGAGGCCCGUUUGAGGAGGAGAGGAGGCGGUCGGCCCGCGAGACUGCAGUGCGCACAGGCUUGGCAGGGUACCACGUGGCAGGGCUGGGCCUGGGGGAGGCAGUGCCGCACAGGGACGCGCUGCUCGCUGCUGCUCUCGCCGAGCUUCCACCGGAGGCAAUGAGGCACACAGCAGGGCUCAACACACCAGAGGAGGUGCUGCAAGCAGUGGCGAGGGGCGUCGACCUCUUUGACUGCACGUACCCCCACGACCUCACUCUGCUUGGCCUCGCCUCCUCGCUGCCUCUCCACCCGCCCUGGUGGCCUCACGCCUUGGCGCAGGGGGAGGGAGAGCGGAAGGAGGAGCGGGAUGGCGGGGCAGUGCAGGCGGAUGGGGUGUUGAGUGAAGUGGCGAGAGAGAGCGAGGGGGAGGAGGCCGUGGGGUCAAAGGUGAACCUGCGGUGCUCAUCGCACAAGCGCAGCUUCAUCCCCAUCAGCCGCACGUGCGCGUGCUACACGUGUGUGCACCACACGCGCGCGUACCUGCACCACCUGCUGGACGCCCAUGAGAUGCUCGCCCUCGUGCUGCUAGGCAUCCACAACCACCAUCACAUGCUUCAGUUCUUUCAAGUUAUUCGGCAAGCCAUCGAGUUGGUUUCACACCUAUCAAAUACAUCUCAUUCUGAGCAAGCGAUGCAUUCAAGGCCGAAUCGCUGCAUCCUCCCGCGGCUGCGAUGGUGGAUGCGGCGGCGGUGCUUUCGCGAGCUGCUGCUGCUCGUGCUCGUGCUGUCGGCGAGCAGCGGCGCGCGCGGCGUGCGGUUCACGCUGGACCGGAAGGAGUGUCUGACGGAGUACGUCAACUGGGUGGGCGACGUCGUGCACGGCAACUUCGUCGUCGUCAGCCCCGACGCGUGGGGCGACUGGGAGCAGAACGGCGUUGACCUGGUGAUCAGCGACCCCGACGGGUACACGGCGUUCUCAACGGAGGCGCAGACGGCGGGAAAGUUCGAGUUCAUGUCGCAACGCGAGGGCGACUACCGCUUCUGCUUCUCCAACAAGUCGCCGGUGUUUGAGACGGUGUCCUUGGAGGUGUUUGUGGGCCACCAGGUGCACCCCCACGAGAUCGCCACCGACGGUCUGUCUCACGCCACCGCCCCUCCUUUUCCUCCCGAGUUAUCUUCUCCAUGCUGUCUUCCUCGAGGCCAAGUGGUUCCAUGCUCAGGCCGAGCGCCAGAACCAGCCUGGGCGGGCUGGGCAGUGGCGCAGGCCACAACACGCAAGCUGGUGGUGAAGACGGCCGUGCAGUCGCUCGCCCUCAUCACCUGCUCCUUCCUGCAGGUCUACCUGUUGAGGCGACUCUUUGAGAAGAAGCUUGGAAGGACAAUGGGUUACCGCGUUCCUUGGAUCCGACAAGACCCUUGUCAAUGUGCAAGCAACAAUACGGUAGCAGGGAAACAUGGCACGCCUGGACCAGGUGCAGGAACCGUUCGAAUCGAAUUCCUCGCGAGUGGUUAUUGUGGCGCAUCAGCGGGCAGCAUGGUGAAGGGCAAGAAGAUUCUCUUCAUCGUCGGCGACUACGUCGAGGACUACGAGGUGAUGGUGCCGUUCCAGGCGCUGAUGGCGUUCGGCUGCCACGUGGACGCCGUGUGUCCCGGCAAGAAGGAGGGCGACGUCUGUCGCACGGCCGUGCACGACUUCGUCGGCGAUCAGACGUACGCGGAGUCACGCGGGCACAACUUCGUGCUGAACGCCACGUUCGACGAGGCGCGGUGCGACGCGUACGACGCGCUGGUGGUGCCGGGUGGGCGCGCGCCCGAGUACCUGUCGGUGGACGCGCGCGUGACGGCGCUGGUGCGCGAGUUCCACGCCACCCGCAAGCCCAUCGCCUCCAUCUGCCACGGCCAGCUCGUGCUCGCCGCCGCUGACGUGCUCAAGGGCAGCAAGUGCACAGCCUACCCGGCGGUGAAGCCGGUGGUGCAGCUGGCGGGCGGGCAGUGGGUGGACGCCGACCCCAUCUCCGCCUGCCUCUUCGACGACCAGCACAACCUGAUAACGGGCGCGGCAUGGCCGGGCCAUCCGGAGUUCCUGUCGCUGCUGCUGCUGGCGCUGGGCGCCAAGGUGACCGCCAGCGACAAGCGCGUGCUCAUGCUCGCCGGGGACUUCAUGGAGGACUACGAGGCGAUGGUGCCCAUGCAGGCGCUGCAGGCGCUGGGCUACCGCGUCGACGCCGUGUGCCCUGACAGGCGCGCGGGGGACACCUGCAAGACGUGCCCUGACAGGCGCGACCUGAGACGGCCGUGCACGCCCUUCGCCCAGGUGCGCGCCCUGCCCUCUCGCCCAGGUGCGCGCCCUGCCCUCUCGCCCAGGUGCGCGCCCUGCCCUCUCGCCCAGGUGCGCGCCCUGCCCUCUCGCCCAGGUGCGCGCCCUGCCCUCUCGCCCAGGUGCGCGCCCUGCCCUCUCGCCCAGGUGCGCGCCCUGCCCUCUCGCCCAGGUGCGCGCCCUGCCCUCUCGCCCAGGUGCGCGCCCUGCCCUCUCGCCCAGGUGCGCGCCCUGCCCUCUCGCCCAGGUGCGCGCCCUGCCCUCUCGCCCAGGUGCGCGCCCUGCCCUCUCGCCCAGGUGCGCGCCCUGCCCUCUCGCCCAGGUGCGCGCCCUGCCCUCUCGCCCAGGUGCGCGCCCUGCCCUCUCGCCCAGGUGCGCGCCCUGCCCUCUCGCCCAGGUGCGCGCCCUGCCCUCUCGCCCAGGUGCGCGCCCUGCCCUCUCGCCCAGGUGCGCGCCCUGCCCUCUCGCCCAGGUGCGCGCCCUGCCCUCUCGCCCAGGUGCGCGCCCUGCCCUCUCGCCCAGGUGCGCGCCCUGCCCUCUCGCCCAGGUGCGCGCCCUGCCCUCUCGCCCAGGUGCGCGCCCUGCCCUCUCGCCCAGGUGCGCGCCCUGCCCUCUCGCCCAGGUGCGCGCCCUGCCCUCUCGCCCAGGUGCGCGCCCUGCCCUCUCGCCCAGGUGCGCGCCCUGCCCUCUCGCCCAGGUGCGCGCCCUGCCCUCUCGCCCAGGUGCGCGCCCUGCCCUCUCGCCCAGGUGCGCGCCCUGCCCUCUCGCCCAGGUGCGCGCCCUGCCCUCUCGCCCAGGUGCGCGCCCUGCCCUCUCGCCCAGGUGCGCGCCCUGCCCUCUCGCCCAGGUGCGCGCCCUGCCCUCUCGCCCAGGUGCGCGCCCUGCCCUCUCGCCCAGGUGCGCGCCCUGCCCUCUCGCCCAGGUGCGCGCCCUGCCCUCUCGCCCAGGUGCGCGCCCUGCCCUCUCGCCCAGGUGCGCGCCCUGCCCUCUCGCCCAGGUGCGCGCCCUGCCCUCUCGCCCAGGUGCGCGCCCUGCCCUCUCGCCCAGGUGCGCGCCCUGCCCUCUCGCCCAGGUGCGCGCCCUGCCCUCUCGCCCAGGUGCGCGCCCUGCCCUCUCGCCCAGGUGCGCGCCCUGCCCUCUCGCCCAGGUGCGCGCCCUGCCCUCUCGCCCAGGUGCGCGCCCUGCCCUCUCGCCCAGGUGCGCGCCCUGCCCUCUCGCCCAGGUGCGCGCCCUGCCCUCUCGCCCAGGUGCGCGCCCUGCCCUCUCGCCCAGGUGCGCGCCCUGCCCUCUCGCCCAGGUGCGCGCCCUGCCCUCUCGCCCAGGUGCGCGCCCUGCCCUCUCGCCCAGGUGCGCGCCCUGCCCUCUCGCCCAGGUGCGCGCCCUGCCCUCUCGCCCAGGUGCGCGCCCUGCCCUCUCGCCCAGGUGCGCGCCCUGCCCUCUCGCCCAGGUGCGCGCCCUGCCCUCUCGCCCAGGUGCGCGCCCUGCCCUCUCGCCCAGGUGCGCGCCCUGCCCUCUCGCCCAGGUGCGCGCCCUGCCCUCUCGCCCAGGUGCGCGCCCUGCCCUCUCGCCCAGGUGCGCGCCCUGCCCUCUCGCCCAGGUGCGCGCCCUGCCCUCUCGCCCAGGUGCGCGCCCUGCCCUCUCGCCCAGGUGCGCGCCCUGCCCUCUCGCCCAGGUGCGCGCCCUGCCCUCUCGCCCAGGUGCGCGCCCUGCCCUCUCGCCCAGGUGCGCGCCCUGCCCUCUCGCCCAGGUGCGCGCCCUGCCCUCUCGCCCAGGUGCGCGCCCUGCCCUCUCGCCCAGGUGCGCGCCCUGCCCUCUCGCCCAGGUGCGCGCCCUGCCCUCUCGCCCAGGUGCGCGCCCUGCCCUCUCGCCCAGGUGCGCGCCCUGCCCUCUCGCCCAGGUGCGCGCCCUGCCCUCUCGCCCAGGUGCGCGCCCUGCCCUCUCGCCCAGGUGCGCGCCCUGCCCUCUCGCCCAGGUGCGCGCCCUGCCCUCUCGCCCAGGUGCGCGCCCUGCCCUCUCGCCCAGGUGCGCGCCCUGCCCUCUCGCCCAGGUGCGCGCCCUGCCCUCUCGCCCAGGUGCGCGCCCUGCCCUCUCGCCCAGGUGCGCGCCCUGCCCUCUCGCCCAGGUGCGCGCCCUGCCCUCUCGCCCAGGUGCGCGCCCUGCCCUCUCGCCCAGGUGCGCGCCCUGCCCUCUCGCCCAGGUGCGCGCCCUGCCCUCUCGCCCAGGUGCGCGCCCUGCCCUCUCGCCCAGGUGCGCGCCCUGCCCUCUCGCCCAGGUGCGCGCCCUGCCCUCUCGCCCAGGUGCGCGCCCUGCCCUCUCGCCCAGGUGCGCGCCCUGCCCUCUCGCCCAGGUGCGCGCCCUGCCCUCUCGCCCAGGUGCGCGCCCUGCCCUCUCGCCCAGGUGCGCGCCCUGCCCUCUCGCCCAGGUGCGCGCCCUGCCCUCUCGCCCAGGUGCGCGCCCUGCCCUCUCGCCCAGGUGCGCGCCCUGCCCUCUCGCCCAGGUGCGCGCCCUGCCCUCUCGCCCAGGUGCGCGCCCUGCCCUCUCGCCCAGGUGCGCGCCCUGCCCUCUCGCCCAGGUGCGCGCCCUGCCCUCUCGCCCAGGUGCGCGCCCUGCCCUCUCGCCCAGGUGCGCGCCCUGCCCUCUCGCCCAGGUGCGCGCCCUGCCCUCUCGCCCAGGUGCGCGCCCUGCCCUCUCGCCCAGGUGCGCGCCCUGCCCUCUCGCCCAGGUGCGCGCCCUGCCCUCUCGCCCAGGUGCGCGCCCUGCCCUCUCGCCCAGGUGCGCGCCCUGCCCUCUCGCCCAGGUGCGCGCCCUGCCCUCUCGCCCAGGUGCGCGCCCUGCCCUCUCGCCCAGGUGCGCGCCCUGCCCUCUCGCCCAGGUGCGCGCCCUGCCCUCUCGCCCAGGUGCGCGCCCUGCCCUCUCGCCCAGGUGCGCGCCCUGCCCUCUCGCCCAGGUGCGCGCCCUGCCCUCUCGCCCAGGUGCGCGCCCUGCCCUCUCGCCCAGGUGCGCGCCCUGCCCUCUCGCCCAGGUGCGCGCCCUGCCCUCUCGCCCAGGUGCGCGCCCUGCCCUCUCGCCCAGGUGCGCGCCCUGCCCUCUCGCCCAGGUGCGCGCCCUGCCCUCUCGCCCAGGUGCGCGCCCUGCCCUCUCGCCCAGGUGCGCGCCCUGCCCUCUCGCCCAGGUGCGCGCCCUGCCCUCUCGCCCAGGUGCGCGCCCUGCCCUCUCGCCCAGGUGCGCGCCCUGCCCUCUCGCCCAGGUGCGCGCCCUGCCCUCUCGCCCAGGUGCGCGCCCUGCCCUCUCGCCCAGGUGCGCGCCCUGCCCUCUCGCCCAGGUGCGCGCCCUGCCCUCUCGCCCAGGUGCGCGCCCUGCCCUCUCGCCCAGGUGCGCGCCCUGCCCUCUCGCCCAGGUGCGCGCCCUGCCCUCUCGCCCAGGUGCGCGCCCUGCCCUCUCGCCCAGGUGCGCGCCCUGCCCUCUCGCCCAGGUGCGCGCCCUGCCCUCUCGCCCAGGUGCGCGCCCUGCCCUCUCGCCCAGGUGCGCGCCCUGCCCUCUCGCCCAGGUGCGCGCCCUGCCCUCUCGCCCAGGUGCGCGCCCUGCCCUCUCGCCCAGGUGCGCGCCCUGCCCUCUCGCCCAGGUGCGCGCCCUGCCCUCUCGCCCAGGUGCGCGCCCUGCCCUCUCGCCCAGGUGCGCGCCCUGCCCUCUCGCCCAGGUGCGCGCCCUGCCCUCUCGCCCAGGUGCGCGCCCUGCCCUCUCGCCCAGGUGCGCGCCCUGCCCUCUCGCCCAGGUGCGCGCCCUGCCCUCUCGCCCAGGUGCGCGCCCUGCCCUCUCGCCCAGACGUACACGGAGAAGCCGGGGCACAACUUUGCAUUGACGGCUGACUUUGACGCGGUGCGCGUGGACGACUACGACGCGCUGCUGGUGCCGGGCGGGCGUGCACCCGAGUACCUGGCGCUCAAUGCGCGCGUGCUGGAGAUCGUGCAGCACUUCCACGCCGCCCGCAAGCCCAUCGCCUCCGUGUGCCACGGCCAGCAGAUCCUGGCCGCUGCGGGCGUGCUCAAGGGCAUGCGGUGCACGGCAUACCCGGCAGUGAAGCCAACGGUGGUGCUGGCGGGUGGCGAGUGGCAGGAGCCGGACCCCAUCUCGCGGUGCUUCCAGGACGGCCACCUCAUCACGGGCGCCGCAUGGCCCGCCCACCCCGAGCUCAUCAGUCUGCUCAUGGCCGCCCUCGGCACCACCGUCACUGCUUGA